AUGGACGACGGAGAUGAGUCCAACAACGCGAGCGCGAUUGCGGUCAAGUCCAUGGCGCUAAUACAAGAAGCAUCUCAAGGACAUGAAGUGGAGGAGUCUCCACGCGAUGGGGACGACCCUCCACUCACGCUCAUGGAGACCGCCGUUGCUACGAUGGAAGAGAUGUGUCAAUCCUUUCAAGCUGAGUGCGACACGCGCCUGGACCGCAUGCAGGCUCGUGUCGAUGUGGCCCGCGAGAAGCUACCUCAGAUGAAGGUGUGGGCAAGGCAGCAGCAUGAGGCGAUCGCGUCGCUGGACGCACAGCUGCGAGAGAGUGCCGCUAAAUGCAAGACGUUGCUUCAAAAGUGGACGAAAGAGAAGGAAGACCGGCGCAGCGAGAAGGAGUGGAUAGCAGACGUAUGGCCUGACUUUGCCGUCGUACCACCGACGAUCUUGCGGCCGUUCAUGAAGCACGCCGAGUCGUUCGAGGACAAGGAAGCCAUCGCGAAGGAAGCAUCGAUGCAACUGCGGCUGCUCGAGCAAGGACGUCUCGUCAAGGAACGACUGGCGAUUGCAAGCCAGUGGUCCAUUGUGAACGACUACUAUUACAACUCAGUGACGGGAGAGAGCUGCUGGGAACCGCCUCCUGCGAUGCAGUACGUGGCUCCGACUGGAUGGGACAUCGCCGAGGGCAGGUGGAAGCCAGGAGUGCAGCUCACUCUCGAAGACGUACCGACAACUGCCCAACUGCAUGGCGCGGCGAUAACAGACGGCCAAUCUAUAAGGUCGGCAAGGGAGUCCAUGGGCGAGCCAAGCGACAGCGAAGCCGACGCACCGCUCGACCCGAUCGAACUGCGCGGCCAAGUUCAAAAAGAGCAAGCUGUGCUUGCAAAUUUGGAGAAAGACGUGGCUGCGUCGAACUUGCGGCUCCAAACGCUAAGCCACCAGCUUCAGACCAGUAUCCGCCGGCACAUUGACUCGGAACACGCCAUGGUCCAGGCAGAGUACGAUGCGCAAGUGGAAGCCGAGCGCAAACGGCUCGUGAAAGAGGCGCGAGAUCGCCAGGCGGCGGCCAUGGAGGCUCAGGCAAAGGCCACCGACAAGAAAACAUCGUCGCCGCCCAAAAACAAACUGCAAGCCGCUGAACUCGUCGUCGGCAUUACCGACGACAUGAUUCAUGUACAAGUUGACCCCCUCCGGCCACGACUUUGCACGCCCGCCAGUGCUGUGCCCGCGGUUCAAAUGCACGUCAAGGCAGACGAGAUGUACCUUCACAUGGAAGUCGUCCGGCGGCGAGUCGAUUCCCUCGUCAAGCUCGAGGAUUCGGCAUGGGAGAGCCACGACGCAUUUCGAGAAAUGAUUGACAGUGGGCGACACCCCGAACCGGUUCAUUCUGAAAGCAACCAUGCACUUUGA